ACCCUUUGCCCGCACCCACACAACCCACACACAAAAAAUUGCAGAAUGCGUGAACCGCAAUGUGAAGAAGUGGCGUGACACUUCUACCCCACUUUUUAAAAGAAAUAAGUCACAGUGUUGAGUUUUUCCAUGUCCCUUUCAAAUAGCGUACCAGUGUUCUUGAGACAUAAUAGAAGUGGUUGCAGAAAAAAAAAACACGAUAAAGAAACCGGGCCAGUUCUGAGAGGGAUCGACAACAUAAAAUGAAGUAAAAGUCUGCCCGAAAAAUAAUGAAAUAUAAAUAAAGGCAGCUAUGAAUCAAGAAGCUUCGGUAUUUCAAUAUUGAUGACGAACGAAGAUGUUACGGAUAUGUUGCGGUACAAAAAAAGCUUCUUUUUUUGGAAGAUGCCACAUUUCAGAUUCUCCUCCUGAGCAUAUUGUCUCUAUGCAGCGUUUUUCGAGCCAACCGAUGUUCGCAAGGCCGUGAAGCCAUUCCUGUCAGAUGCCUGGCGCCAUCUGUCUAUCGUAUCACCAAACCUUGCAGAGCUGAGAGCCAUGCACGCCGCCCUGGGGAAAGUAUUGGGAACCAGUGCUACCAUAGAUGGGCCUGCCGCCUCAACGGUGGCUGUGGACCCAGUGAAGGAAGGUGCCUUGCUGGGUAGCUGGCUUGCUCGUCACAUUCCGGUCGUGCUCGUCACCUUGGGAGUUCACGGCGCCCUGCUCAUCGAGUGCAUGCCUUCGGGGACAACUAAGGAAGCGGCUGGUCACCAGGGAUCCGCCAAGGUGCUUCACUAUCCAGCCUCGAAGAUCGAGACAGUGCAGAGUGUCUCAGGAGCAGGAGAUUGCCUUGCUGGAGGAUUCUUGUGCGGCCUGCUUCUUGGACUUCCUUGGGACCGGUGCAUGGGGAUCGGCAUGGCGGCUGCACGCAGGUCUCUGAUGUCAUCGGACACAGUUCCCAACACGCUGGGCCCGGACUGCCUUGACGCUGUCUCCACGUCUCGUCCAAUAGAUCUCCAACCAACCCGGGGAUAGCGCAAUAAAUUAUUUGCGUUCUUAA